GUUGCCUAUAAACAGUCACCGGCGCGAUCGCCAACUUGCCCCAUCUCGGUGCCUAGUGUUUUGCCUGUGACCCACAAACAUCCCGAACCCGCCCGAGGAAUGGCUACCGAAACUCGACGAUCAUCGGUCACGAUCCGGCUCUCGGAAACGGCGGACUCGCCGCUAUCGUCGAAGGUGGCCCUUUUCAAUCAGACCGCCCAAAGCCACCGGGAAUCGCAGCUCUCGAAUCCGUUCUCCGACGCACAGGCUACGCGCGGCAUGGCACGGCUACAGAUCAGCAAGGAGGAGUACGGCAAGCCGAAAGCCGGUAGCCUCACCGAGUACCGGGGGAAGAAGGCCAACAUUCAGGUGUACCAGGAGAUGCUCGAGCUGUGCCAGGUGAUCGACGGUGACGGAGUGACGGUCUCGAAGAAGAAUCCCGACAUCAAAAUGAUCUACUUCGGCGAACUGUUCAAUAUCUACACGCACAUCAACGACAAGCUGGUGGGGUUGCUGUUGCGUGCCCGCAAACACGACCUGAUCCAGUUCGAGGGCGAGUGCCUGUUCCAGCGCCGGGACGACAAUGUGCCCGUCUACCUGACCAAGCCGCUCAAGCAGAUCCGGGAGAUUCUCGUUGGCAAGCAGACGGAAAUCCGGCGCAGCUUAAGUCCCAACCCACAGCCCACCAACAUGCUGCCUUGAGGGUCCAUUGGAGGGAACGCGAAGCGGAAGUCGGAUGCGUGUCUGUGUGUUGCCCGUGGUUUCACCUGUGAUCAGGAGAGUGGGAGGGAGGGAGAGGCUAGCAAGGUUUCAGGAUUUCCGAUUGAGUGGGGUCGACCGCGAGGAUCGCACACACGCACGCACAAUUUGAUAUCUGUAUAUUUUGGGAAGCGCAUGCGGAGAAAGCGCGCGUAGGUUUUAGGAAAAGAAAAAAGAUACACCUGUAGUCCGUAGCCAAUAUGUUACCUUCGCCCCCUCUAUCGUGAGUGUGUGUGUGUGUAUGUGUUAGUAGCGUCGUGGCAUCGUUCCAGGAUGCCUGGCGAGGCCUGCCGACCCGAAACUUAAUCGAUCCGGAAGCUCUUAUUCGUAACUCAUUUCUGUUUGUGCAUGUUAGACUUUACGUUCUCUUAAAUCGAACAUUUCCAGUUCGGCUGAUUCCAGGGAUGUGUAUACCAAACAAAAAACAAAAAGCAAAACAAGCGGACGAAACGAACAGCAGCAAUGCAUGGAACCAAAUAGAAGGUAACCGAGAAGUUUAGAGGCGGAGUGUACCGUUACAGGGUAUCCAAAUUCAGGUUGGCGCCAACCGAAUCGUGGACGCGAUCUUUGCUAGUAGCACUGUAUCAAUUGUCAGUUUCUUUCAUCAAUAUUAUCUCUCCGUUAGUAGUUUGCACGUUUAUGUAGCCCUCUGUUACGAUUAAGCACGCUUGGCAUGCCUGUUGACUGUACGUUUUAAUUGGCCUUCGUUAUACCGUUGAUAGAUUGGUGGUUCGAUUACACCUCGUAUUCGAGCGAUUAGAGUGAGGACAGUAUUAGGGUAGUCGUUAACGGGUAGUUACAGCCCAGCGAAAAGCAGGAACUAUUCGGCAGAUAAUACACUGUAGCAAAUCGGAUGGUGAAGCGGUAUAGCGGACUUUUCACACACGCUCUGCCAUGCGCAAUUAUUUGGACGAGUGCGCAAUGGAGCAAAAUAGAUGCAAAAGCAAUAAAACGGCUACUCUCAUUAACCGUUACACUCCUCUGGGCGCAUGAAGCGGAGGAAUGUACCCCCGUUAAAGUGAUAAGCGAAAGAUAGCGAGUAGGGAAAACAUCUCGAAAAGCACACAAUACCAAUAGCCGCAGAGCCCUGGCCAGAAGCACACCUCAACCCGUACGCAUUAUGUUGGCGGCGUUCCCACGGUAGAGAGAUUAAGCGGAUGCAUAAAACCAAAACAAUGAGUAGCAACAUUAUUGAUACAUUUUAAACUCGGGCUCGGGCUCGGGCUCGGAGACUGUGUACGUUUCACUUCCGGAAGAAAAGGCGCAAAACUCAUCAUAGCACGUUAGCGACGAGACGUUUUGAUCGGAUAAAUGGAAAUAGUGAUAACAAUAAACGGAAUAAAAAUCGCAACUCUA